AUGUCACCACCUUUGACGCCUUACUGCGCAACCUCAUCCAAAGACAACAGCAUGGAUCGGACGGAACCCUCCCGGGCCGUCUUCCACAACUAUCUUCGUGCAUUUUAUCCGUUCCAUCCACCGGGAGACGUUUCGCCAGCUACGAUUACUCUGCCGUUGGACCAAGGAGAUAUCAUCCUGGUACACUCAGUACACACCAAUGGCUGGGCUGACGGAACGCUUCUUGACACCGGAGCCCGAGGCUGGCUACCGACCAAUUACUGCGAAGCCUACGACCAACUACCCAUGAGACCCCUCCUGAAGGCAUUGACCGACUUCUGGGAUAUUAUCCGUGGUGGAUGCGGGUCGUCUCUUCGUGACUUUGGCAACCAGGAUCUCGUAAGGGGCCUGAUUGCCGGAGUACGCUUCCUUUUGGAAAAAUCAGAAUGUCUCACCCGCGAUUCGUUCCUUGUCCGAAGGCACGAUGGUCUGCGAAGAAAUCGGAAAGCAUUGCUUUCAGAUCUUACAGCCCUUGUUCGUACAACCAAGAGUUUCCAAGUGAUUGCCAGCGGAAAUCCCUUAGAAGACGAGGUCGAGUACUUGGUCGAUGAGAUGCUUCUCAAGGCGUUCCGCGUCGUGACCCGUGGUGUGCGGUUUCUCGAUAUCUGGAACGAGGAGGUUGGUCUGAGUAGAACAAUCGCGGAGCUGGAGCAAACCAAGGAUUAUGCUUCCCCUCCUACACCUGCAUCUGAGACAUUCGCUAUUUCGGAAGCGGCUCCCUCGGAGACUGAGACCGAGAGAAACGAGUCGCGGGUACUCAACCGCAGCUGCAUGUCUAUGAGUCGCUGUUCCGCCCGAAUGGACAUGUCUGAGCAGCCACGGCCCGUUUCCGUCGCCACCAAGCGGAUAUCCAUCUCCCACCGGGUGUCUUACUCGGGACCCGCUGCAGCUGCCCGAAACCCGAAUCUCGCAUCGGAACGACUCAACGCCACGUACGAUGCUUUCCUCGGCGUGCUGGGUUCAUUCAUUGGUCUCCACCUGCAGUCUCGCUCCUCAACCGAGCUAGUUGUCACCACCGAGCAGGCUGUUCGGUCCUGUCGGGGACUGCUCACUGUGGUCGAGGCCGUCUGCGAACACGAUUCUCAAGGCAGCGCGCUCCUGGAGCGCGCCAAGGAUACGAUGUAUGAGCGACUGUCCGAGCUUGUUUUCGCCGCACGGGACGCCUUCCGACCCGCCCAGUCCCCCGACGACGAGCUUGUCUUCAUGCCCGAUGAAGGAAAGCGACUGGUCGACGCCGCCACCGACUGCGUCCGAGCGGCGGGGAACUGUCUGGCCAAAGCUCGCCUGGUGCUUGAGCAGGUUGGAGAUUUCGAACUCGAGGCACUGCCGCAAGACGUUGCGACGCCAUUAGUCGGCGCUCGACCCGAGUCGCAAUUGCAACAGCAGAAAGGCGACCAAACUGGAACAUCCCUGCGACUCCCACCGCCUCCCCUGCAGAUUCCUCAGAACACCGAUCUCGACUACUCCCCUCCCACCCCAGGUCUUACCGACGACACCACUCCAUCAUCCUUCAACUCUCGCAUGCUCAGCAGCCCUACCAUUGCCGCAACCGACGCGACGUCAUUACCAUCCACUACAAUCCUUUCCACCAGCCCGGAGAAGACCUCAUUCUCGUCGUCUUAUGAUGCGACCGUUGGUGUCAAGAUACUUGAGAACCGUAUCAGCCAUCCCAAGUCCGAGGUCGGUGAGUCUUUUGGCCGUGGAGUGACCAGUACUGGAAGCAGCUUCACCUACCACAGCCACCUCCGUGACUCCGAAAUGAGUGGUGUGUCACAAACUUCUACUCGAGCCACGUCCCCAGACAUUGGCUGCAGCUACCAGGCUCCAUCGCUCAAGAGUAGUGUCAGCCACUCGACGCUGGCGGAGGAGGGAGAGGAGACAGAAGUAAAUAUUCUGGAGAAGACUUAUGCGCACGAAUUGAUCUUCAAGGAUGGUCAAGUCAUGGGCGGCAGCCUCCGGGCGCUGAUCGAGAAGCUCACCGCUCAUGGAUCAACGCCAGAUGCGAUGUUCGUCUCGACCUUUUACCUCACCUUCCGUCUAUUUGCGACGCCGCUGGAGUUUGCGGAGGCCCUUGCGGAUCGGUUUGACUACAUUGGCGACACUCCACAUGCAGCGGGACCCGUUCGUCUCCGCGUGUACAACGUGUUCAAGGGUUGGCUCGAGUCUCACUGGCGUCAUGACUGUGAUACCUCGGCUCUGGACUUUAUCGUCAACUUUGCCAACACUACUCUGAUGCAAUCCCUUCCCUCCGCCGGAAAACGCCUUCUGGAACUGACGGACAAGGUUUCGACGCUCCAGGGACCCGUUGUGCCCCGUCUCGUCUCGUCCAUGGGAAAGACCAACACCGCAACCGCACAAUAUGUGCACCCAGACACUCCUCUCCCGCCUCCCAUUCUCGGCAAGAAGGAGGUGAACCUGCUGAAGCAGUGGAAGAACGGCGAGGCUGCGAUUAGCAUCCUGGACUUCGAUCCUAUGGAACUGGCCCGUCAGUUCACCAUCAAGGAGUCACGCAUCUUCUGCGCCAUUCUUCCCGAGGAGCUGUUGGCGACGGAGUGGAUGAAGAAGAGCGCUUCGCUGGCCGUCAACGUCCGUGCCAUGUCGACUCUGUCCACCGAUCUCGCUCAUCUGGUGGCUGAUUCUAUCCUGCAGCUGGAGGAACCGAAGAAGCGGGCGGCCAUCAUCAAGCACUGGGUCAAGAUUGCUAACAAGUGCCUGGAACUCAACAACUAUGACACCUUGAUGGCCAUUAUCUGCUCUCUGAACUCGUCAAUGAUUUCGCGUCUGAAGCGGACCUGGGAGGUGGUAUCGCAGAAGACCAAGACUACCCUCGAGAUCCUGCGGGGCAUCGUGGAUGUGUCGCGCAACUAUGCUGUCCUGCGGCAGAGACUGCAGACCCAUGUCCCGCCGUGUCUUCCUUUCGUCGGCACCUACCUCACAGACCUGACGUUUGUAGACCACGGAAACCAGCCGCUGCGAAGCCUGCCCACCGAUGACGGUGAGAUGGCAGUCAUCAACUUUGACAAGCACAUGAAGACCGCCAAAAUCAUCAGCGAGCUCCAACGGUUCCAGAUUCCCUACCGUCUGACCGAAGUUCCCGAACUUCAGACCUGGAUGCAGAACGAGCUGGUGCGGGUGCGCUCCAACGGCGAAAAGAGCCUGCAGACUUUCUAUCGUCGCUCUCUCAUUCUGGAGCCCCGCGAGAUCACGCAGCGGCCGAGUUUGCAGCCGGAGUCUAGCGCCUCCUCCAUCCUGGAGAACGCCAAGGACAAAUUUGACCUCUUCUCUUGGACUCAUCCUUCCAAGGCCAAGUCGGUCGCGACCAAUGGUUGA